AUGGCCGCAGACGGCGGGCUGAGCCGGCUGUUCGAGAAGCCGCUGCCGGAGAACCCGACACUGCUGGAGGCGCUGUCUGCGUGGAACCACCGCAACGUUCACCCAAACAAGCCCAUCGACCCGGCGUCCUUCACCGAGAUCUUCGGCGAGCUUCACUUCCAAGAGAAGCAGAGCGUCCUCCCGUCGCCGGCUCCUCGUCCUCCUCCACGCGCUGCGUCGUGGCUCGCGCUUGACGCCGCCGACAACUCGUCGCUGGACGCGCUCCUGAGGCCGAAACCGGCGAGCACCGGCGUGUCCACCGGGCUCGGCUCCGAGAGCACCGUGGACGCCGACGACAUGCUCAAGGACUGCGACGCUGAGGCCGAGGCCGCCGCCGCGCGCAUCGAGGACAUGGCGGAGACGACGGAGGACGCUGAGAGGGGAGGUGGCGCUGGCGUAGAGGAAGCGGAAGAGGAGAAUGCUGGGGUUUAG